AUGCCUCCCUCCACCGCUUAUAAUUUCAAAUGGCAAAUCGGUGACGACUCCUCCAAAGUCUUGGACAUUUUGCAAUUGUCACCCACGAAUGAUGUAUCCUUUGGCAGAUUUGUACUCAAAGAACCUCCUCCAGAGGAUGAAUUGCUGUUACGAAAUAUAUUGCAAGUAUUUCAACAUUGUUCCCAACAUGAUAUCGUCUGGGAUUGGUUGGAUGUCACCAUGGAGUCGGUGGGAAUGAUGAGCUUUCACUUUUUGCGGCCCCUCUUGUUUGCGGCCAAUUCCAUGGGGAUUGUUCGACGGGUGGCCAUCCAAGGGGAUGCGACACCGAUCAAUGCUGGAGAACCGCUUCCGACUCAUGAAUUCUUUUUGGCGGGAAGUUUGCUGAAUCCCAGACUGGAAGUUUUGGAAAUUGUGGCCAAUCGGGAGGGUGGAUUGGUGCCAAUGGGGGAUUACCGUGCUUUAUGCGAAUUGCUGCAAACUACCAAAUCUUUACGACGACUCAAGUUGGAUCGAGUCACCAAUUUUGAAGUAACAUUGCUAUGUCAGGGCUUGCAAGAGAACAAGACGCUACGAAAAUUGUCCCUCUCGUUUGUACAAUGCGACGUUCCGGAUGCCUCCAUUGCCAAUGUAAUACAAUCCCUCAACGAUCAUCCAGAACUAAGGUAUUUGACAAUUACCUCCAGUGGGCAGUUUGGGCCGUUGUCCUCCACAGCCCUCAAGAUGCUGCUUUCCUCCAAACCCUGCAAGCUCAAAUCUUUAUCACUCCAGGGAUUCGAGUUCUUUGAGCUGGAUACGACGAGUGGGACACUCAACACAGAAGAUCUACUGGAAGGAAUACAGGCAAAUAGAUCCUUGAAAAACGUAUUGAUUGGGGAUGCCUUGGAUGGGGACAUGUUCUUUUCCAAGUUCUUUCAACUGCUGGGAGAGUGUCCCUGGCUGGAAACCUUGCAUUUGUGGGAACCAAACAUUACCAACCAAGACUUGGAAUCAGUACUAUCCGAACAAGUCCAAAGAUUAGAACGAUCGGUGGUGAUUGGGUUGGGGUUUCCCGUCUUGGAUACCUUGGAAAAGACUCUGACGCAAGUAUUGACGAAACAUCAAGAAAUUCGCAUGGAACACGAAGGAUUCCUUGGAAAUCCUUCCUUUGUCCACUUGUGUCAAUGGAAUUGGUAUGGCAGAUAUCUCAUGGACAAGCCAGACUUUCCCCUUUCCAUGUGGCCAGUGGUAUUGAAGAAGGCGAAUCAAAAGCCAAAUGUCAUUUAUGAAUUCCUCAAGGGUCCUGCUUUUGCGGCCCGACAACCAUAUCACAGAUGA